CCCGACGGCGCCCGCUAGCCAGCUAGCCCGCCCGCCCGCGGAUGCUGGAGUGAGCGCGGCAGCGGCGGGAUGCUGGCGCUGCUGGCCGCUGGCGUGGCGCUCGCCGUGGCCGCCGGGGCCCAAGACGGCCCGGCGCCCGGCAACCGCUUCGUGUGCACUGCUUUGCCCCCGGAGGCGGCGCGCGCCGGCUGCCCACUGCCCGCGAUGCCCAUGCAGGGCAGCGCGCUGAGCCCCGAGGAGGAGCUGCGGGCCGCGGUGCUGCAGCUGCGUGAGACCGUCGUGCAGCAGAAGGAGACGCUGGGCUCGCAACGCGAGGCCAUUCGCGAGCUCACGGCCAAGCUGGCGCGCUGCGAGGGGCUUGCGGGGGGCAAGGCGCCGGGCCGGGCGGCCUCGGGCAAGGACACCAUGGGCGACCUGCCGCGGGACCCUGGCCACGUCGUGGAGCAGCUCAGCCGCUCUCUGCAGACCCUCAAGGACCGCCUGGAGAGCCUCGAGCACCAGCUCCGAGUGAACGUGUCCAGCGCGGCGCUGCCCGGCGACUUUCGGGAGGUCCUCCAGCGGCGGCUGGGGGAGCUGGAGAGGCAGCUGCUGAGCAAGGUGGCCGAGCUGGAGGAUGAGAAGUCCCUGCUCCACAAUGAGACCUCGGCUCACCGCCAGAAGACGGAGAGCGCCCUGAACGCGCUGCUGCAGAGGGUGACCGAGCUGGAGCGAGGCAACAGUGCUUUCAAGUCGCCCGAUGCCUUCAAAGUGUCCCUCCCCCUCCGCACGAACUACCUGUACGGCAAGAUCAAGAAGACGCUGCCCGAGCUGUACGCCUUCACCAUCUGCCUGUGGCUGCGGUCCAGCGCCUCGCCGGGCAUCGGCACCCCGUUCUCUUACGCGGUGCCCGGGCAGGCCAACGAGAUCGUGCUUAUAGAGUGGGGCAACCACCCCAUCGAGCUGCUCAUCAACGACAAGGUCGCGCAGCUGCCCCUGUUUGUCAGCGACGGCAAGUGGCACCACAUCUGUGUCACCUGGACGACGCGGGACGGCAUGUGGGAGGCCUUCCAGGACGGGGAGAAGCUGGGCACCGGGGAGAACCUGGCCCCGUGGCACCCCAUCAAGCCGGGGGGGGUGCUGACCCUCGGGCAGGAGCAGGACACGGUUGGGGGCAGGUUCGACGCCACUCAGGCGUUCGUGGGGGAGCUCAGCCAGUUCAACGUAUGGGACCGCGUCCUUCGGGCACAAGAAAUCAGCAGCAUCGCCAACUGCUCCACGAACAUGGCAGGCAACAUCGUCCCCUGGGUGGACAACAACGUGGACGUGUUUGGAGGGGCUUCCAAGUGGCCGGUGGAGACCUGCGAGGAGCGUCUCCUUGACUUGUAGCCGCCUGCUUCUCUGUCCGGGAGGCGGGGGUCGGGCCGUUCCCCUUACUCCCCCGGUGGAGCUGUGUAUAAACCUCCUGCCGUAGCGCGCCAGGACCCCCAAAGCCC